AUGCUCGAGUACUACUACGCCAACAACACCUUCUCGCUCUCACUGUUCAGCCCGCUAGAGAGCACACCAAGCCUUUUGAAACAUCUAGGCCGCAUGCAACAUUUACAAGUCGAAAUUGGAGAUUUAGUGCUCUCGCCAACCCACACAGCGUUCUUCUUGCACCGGCACACGCAGCGCCGAAGUGACUGGUUCUUGAAUACUUUACGUCAAGCGAAACGAGGUCAGGAAGGGAGAUACCUGAAGACUUUGGUUGCAAUCGACCGUUGUGGUACUUCUAUCGUGUCUGAAAGCAUACCACCCACGGCGCAAAUAUGGCAAGAUCAGAGAUGGAGGGAGGAGAAACGAAGAGAAGUGCUGGCAACAGUGCUGCGGCCUCUGUGCCAUGUUGUUGACAAGAUCACCAUCGAGAGUCGAGCCAUGUCUGAAGAGCGGGAUCAAUGGGGACGUUUGAGUGCGAAAUUUCUUACAGUUGUGGGUGCAGGCAUCGCUGACUUACAGACAGCCAGGACUUGGAAUGUGGUCCUCAGUGUUGGUCAAGUUAGGCCACUGGCGUGA